GAGGUCCCAGCGAGUAGUCAAGUGGGAAAACGGCCCCAACAUCCUGCUUUUAUUUGCCUCAUGUCUAUUCCUACAUAGAAAUAUACAGUGAAAUAUUUGAUUCGAGAGGAGAGACAUCCCCUCUUCAUUAUCCCAAAAGAGAAAAACCUCCAGAUUUUUCCCACGAUGCCUACCUGCAAAGCCACCGCCUCCGUAGACGGACAAACCAUCGCCGAGACGACCGAGUGGGAAGAGGUCGAGGGCAACGUAUACUUUCCCCCGCAGGCCGUCCGGAAGGACGAGUACUUCACCGACACGGACCUGCACACCCACUGCCCGUGGAAGGGUGACGCUAGCUAUUAUACAAUUACUGUCGGAGGCAAGAAGCUUGACAACGCUGCUUGGUAUUAUCCCACACCAAAGGCCGAAGCGCAGAACAUCAAGGACUAUGUCGCUUUCUACAAGACAAAGGUCAAUGUCACCAAGACAACUACAUAAUCAGUUCAGCGUGACCUGAUGAAAUGGAUCGUUAUCCCGGGGUUGCCGGCAAGAACUGCUCGUCCCCAUUGUAUCCAAACUAUUCUUUUUUUAUCCAAAAAGAAAAAAAAAAAUCACGGCUUGUUGUAUGAUCUUUUCACAUAAAGCUGUUCGACGAUAAUCUAUUCAUCUUGUGCAGGGCGGUCUAGCUCCUGUCUCGUUCAUUUGUACAAUAUGCCAAGAGAUUAUUAGCUCAAGGAUCUGUAAGCGAUGAUGUCCUACCUGUGAGAAAUCGGGUAUCAUGUAUUUCAACGAAUGAAUGCCGGCCCCAUGCUCGAGGGGCCCAACCACACAAAUCGAGUGAGGUCCAGAGGAUAGGAUAAAAAAAAGAAGGAAAAGAAAAACAAGAUAUCGCAGCAAACAAGAUGCUACCGCCAUGCUAAUGAUACAGG